AUAUAUCGAUCGCAACAAACAUCAAACUACAGUGGUUUUUGGUAUUAUUAUUUUGUUUUUGUGUAUGUAAUGUGUAUUUCCUAUGCCACACGCUUCUGUUAGAGUAAGUUUCACUUGCUUAUACUCCGGCCUCGACCUGUUGUAACGCUGUUCCGUCUCCGAGAAGAAUAGGGUUGCUUAUUGAUCACUCACGCGCUUGUGCUUCUCGGACAUGCCAGUAGUAGCAAUAAGAUACUUAUCGCGCGUUAAGUCGUUGCUAAUUAAGGCGGAGAGAGAAACUAUCAUUGAGGGGAAGAAAUUAAUUAAAAAGAAAGAAAGAGAAAGAAAGAAAGAGGAGAGAUCAUGAGUCAGUGUGUGCCGAGGUGGGAGUUGGACGUCGACCCUCCUCCUCCUCCUCCUCCUCUGCUGAACUCGCCGCCAACAACAACACCACCCCAGCAGCUCCCUCCGCUCGUCCCCACGGCGGGCACGUCGGAGCGCUACGAGGUGGCCGAGAUCACGUGGGAGAACGGCCACCUCUCCUUGCAGGGCCACGGCCUCCCCCGCGUCGCCAAGCCCCUCCCCAAAUUCCCCACCUCCGCCGCCUCGCCGUGGAACAAGCACCACCACCACGGCGGCGGCGGCGGCCACGGCACUUUGGAGGCGGUCGUGGACCAGGCCACGCGCCCCCAGCUCCAGGAGGUGGGCCCCAGCGUCGACCUGCUCGCUUGGAUCAGCGGGUCCCACCCCUCGCCGUCGGCGGCGGCGGCGGCGGACUUGCUCGUGCCGUGCGGGGAGGCGGUGGCGGGGGGCCGGAAGCGGGGGAGGGGGAGUGCUGCUACGGCGAGCCAGGGGAGCGCGGCGCCGGGGCGCGGGGAGAGCGCGUUGGCGGCGUUCGACACGAGCAGCGGGGGCGCGGGGGGCGACGAGGUGUGCUUCACCCCCACCACCACCAGCCCCACCACCACCACCACCAACACCAACAACAACACCUCGGCCUCGCUGGGCUCCCCCGGGACGGAGAACACCAGCUUCGGCCGCGGCGGAGGAUGCUACGACUCCGUUUGCCACAGCCGACGACCGCCCCAAAAAGAUGGCGUGUGCAACGAGGAGGAGAAGGCGGCGAAGAGGGAGGCCGGGAGGUCUUCUAGCUCCGCCAAGAAGAGCAGAGCGGCCGCCGUCCACAACCAAUCUGAACGUAAAAGAAGGGACAGAAUCAACCAGAGGAUGAACACCUUGCAGAAACUAGUCCCCAACUCAAGCAAGACGGAUAAAGCAUCGAUGCUUGACGAGGUGAUCGAGUACGUGAAGCAGCUACAAGCUCAGGCGCAGAUGAUGAACCGGAUGAGCGGCAUGCUGAUGCCGAUGACGAUGCCGUUGCCGCUGCAGAUGUCUAUGAUUGGUAACAUGGCCAACAUGGCCCAAAUGGCCCAGAUGGGGAUGGGCAUGGGCAUGAUGGAUCUUAGCUCGCUCGGUAGGACCGGGCCGAUGGGCUUACCUUCUCUGCCUCCCCUUCUUCAUCCUUCGCCCUUCCUCCCGAUUAUGUCCCCUUCCUGGGACGGCUCCGGCGAUCGGUUGCAGCAGCCCAGCGGCCCCAUCGUGUCGCCUGAUCCCUUCUCGGCAUUCCUUGCAUGCCAAACUGCGCAGCCAAUGAGCAUGGAUGCAUACAACAGGAUGGCCGCUUUAUAUCAACAACUAUACCAACAGAACACACAAUCCAAUUCCAAGCCAUAGCCAAUGAACUUUUAUAUAUAUAUAUAUAUAUCCUCGUAAUCUUUUUUAAUUUAUUGGUCUCCUAUAGUAAUUUUUUCCACAUAAAUUGCUAUUUAUAACGCAUGCAUAUGUAUAUAUGUUUAUAACAGGGCGUGUAUAUUUUCACCUUUUUUUUUUCCUUAUAUGGUUUCGUGUGAUUUGAGAAUAUUUUAGCCGAAGGGAAUGAUGUGGGAAGUGCUAAUACUCUCCUCCAUGCACGUGCAUAUAUAUAAGAUCUGUUAAAGUUGUGAUGGUGGAAA